AUGCAGCUGUACACCUGGAUCACCGUACGUACUCUCCUUUCGCGCGUUGACGUCCUACUCGAACAUACCUCCGUAGGCACCCUUGUGCGCAUCGGGGGCAUGAUCACCCAAGUCAUCUUCGGGCACUCUCUUCGGAUCCGCAUGAAGCCGAGCGAAGACGUGAGCCACAUCGGCGAGGCGAGCAGCACUACCACUGCCAAGAGCUCGGGGUCUAGUGUCAAAUGCAAGGCAACAGCCGCGGACGAUGAGAAGGGCGACAACCUGGUGGGGAAGAUCAAUAGCCUUGUCGCAGUGAAUCAGGACAACAUUUCAAUGGUCGCGUUUUGGCUCUACUUUUCGUCUUCUGAUGUAGCCGUGAUGAUCGCCUGCUUGCCUCUCCCUGGUUGGGUGGCAAAGCGGAUCCAGUCUAUUCAAGAGACCGCGAUGAAGAACACAGAUGCACGUAUGCAGACAGCGACGGGGAUGCUCGGCGUGUUUCGCAUGAUUAAGCUUUUUGGUUGGGAGCAGAAGAUCGAGGAUUGGAUUUGGCUUGCCCUGAUCAGGCUAGACGAGGAGUUGAACUUGAAGUGGAACAAGUCGCGGGAGCUUGCCACGCUCGCAACGCACAUUCUGGAUCACGUCAUUCCGUUGUUCCAGAUGGUGGCGACUAUGUGGUGCACACACUGGUCAUGA